GUUCAGCUUGGCGCGAGCGGCGGGUGCACCGUGCAAGCCUCUACUUGCAAGCAGCAGCAGCAGCGGACGCACAGAGCGAGAGUGUCGGGAACCUGCGGCGAUGGGCGUGAAACUGUACUACACCACCGUUACCGCUUCACGGGCGGUGAAGUCUCAACAAGCGGAGGUGAUGCGGAUUCUGGAGAGUAAAAGCAUCCAGUACGAGCUCAUCGACAUCUCGGUGGGCGGCGAGGUACGGGACGAAAUGAGAAGCAAAGCAGGGGACCCCACUGCAGUCCCUCCCCAGUUUUUCAACGAGGACCAAUACUGUGGGAACUAUGAGAUGUUUUCAGAGGCAGUGGAAGCGGAUACAGUGGAACAGUUUCUGAAACUGGCAUGAGGACGGUGGGGCGUUGACCUGCUGUCUCUAAUAUCCCCUCCCCCUCCAGCUACUCCCCCUGUGCCCUGUUGCAGGCCCUACAGUACAUCUCUGUCCAGCACCGACAGUGUCUGCCCACCUCGUACGCCAUAAUGAAGAAUGCCAAAUAUCUUGAAUCCAACUAAUCAGAAGACAUACAUUCCCCCUUACUGCAAAUAAGUCUUAAUCUGAUCGCUAUUUUUAGUUUUCAGACCUUUAUACUUGUUAGAUUAAUGCUCUGAAGUAGCUCCAAAUCCAGCAGGAAUCAAUGUGCAGUAGGUGGGGUUGAACUAAUCUUGGCCAAGGCUGCUGGAUCAUUGGAGAGUCAACUAAUCCUCUGGAUGACAACAGUCAACUUAGAAACUCUCUCUUCCAUCUGCAAACACAACACUCAAUCUUCUCCAUCACUAUUAUCUAGUCUUAAUCAGUGUUUCAUCAUUUCUCCAUGUCCUUCAGUUCCCAUAAGUCCUCAAACUUGGAUAAUAUGAAACGAAAGCACUAAAAGUCGAUAGAAGAUUAAUUUUUUAUCUUUUCAGGUGUGAUCAAAUCAAACGGGAACCUAAUUUAGCCUGAUAAAGUUUAGUGCCGACCCCACCCUACAGUAUGGAAGUAUAAACCUUCUUGGGUCUGUGGCAAAAGUAGUGUGUUUGAUUAAAAAUGUACCAAUUUCUGGACCAAUCAGCUUCAGCCACAUCCAGUUAUACUUCCUGCACCUAACCCCAGCCUCUACCUACCAGCUAUUCAACCAACCAAAGAAACCAGGAAACAUUUUCUAUCUUUAUUUAAAACGGGCUGUUUUUCUACUCAAUCACCUGCCCCUCACUGAUUCCAAAGCCUGGAUUUGCUUUGGUCCUUUGAAAGAUCUGCUUUGGCAUCAUCUCAAGUCUCCUUUAAAGUUCACCCCCCCCAGAGUACACUUUUAGUGCCAAUAGAUCAACUGUUAAAUAUGGAUUAUCUCUGCAGUGUUAGCAUUUUACUUGCCCUCUCCUCUCUUUACCAUCAUAGGUGCUAUGUAUUACUGACUGACCGGGCAAAAGAUGCCAAACAAGAAGAAAGGAGCGUUUAGUGCUGAAGGUUUACAUUUAGGUCCACAUAACUCAGUCUUACCAAACUUUGGGAACAUUCACCUGGUGGGAAAGAUGAAGGCUUCCCUUGGUGUGUUUGCAUUCAUUCCACGAAUCAAUCUCGGUAGAAAUAAUAUGCACACGUUUUGCAGAAGUCUUUCAAGAUGUUUGCACCCCCCUCCACCCCCUUUCAUUGCAUCUGUUAACCCCUGUGAUCUCCUCCCACAAUGAUUGUGCAUUGUUUUGUAGACGUUUGCCUGUUAUUGAUGUAUCUUCACUAUGAAUCACUGUUCAGACAUUCCAUUCUAAGCUCCCACGUUGCUUUUGGACCAACUCCCCUUGGCCAAAAAAGACAAGAAAAUAGGGACUAAAAAGCGGUUGUCUUCCAAGAAGAUUGUGAGAAGUGAUUUAUGCGUUAAAAUAAAGAGUUAAAUCAA